AAUUAUCGCCGAUCUGUACGAUGUUGUAUUAUCAGACGGGUGUUAUUUAUUGUAAUUAGAGGCUCGUCGAGUUAAUUAUCGCGAGACGGAACGUGGAAGUAGGGAAAAGCUUCGCUCAGAAGUUUGCCACCCCGCGCGUAAAACUUCUAACAACGCAGUUGCUGGCGGUUGCGAAUUGCAACCAAUUGCAACGGUGCGCGAUACACGGAUGACGGAGGGAAAUUGUUAUCGCCCGUUUAUCAUCCGGUAAUUACAUAAACAGACAUCGCACACGGCGCACGGAGGACGCUCGAUUUUUCUUUUUGAUCAUCCUCUCCGUUCGAAAAUGCCAAUCGACUUCGUCGCGUUCGCAUACGCCGCCGCGGUGGCCGGCGGCGGGGUGCUAGGUUACGUGAAAUCGAAUUCCAUUCCUUCGCUGGCUGCGGGUCUCCUUUUUGGCUCGGUUCUAGGCUACGGCGCUUAUCAGCUCUCUCAGGAGCCAACCAAUAUCGCGGUCUUCCUGGGAACCAGCACAGCCCUUGGAGGCCUGAUGGGCUACCGAUUUUACAACAGUGGAAAGAUAAUGCCAGCUGGAGCGAUCGCUAUACUAAGUGCUAUUAUGGUCGUAAGGACAGUCACGAGGUACCUGUCACCACCCUUGAAGACUGAGUGAACAUUACAUUUUUCUCUUUUCUUUUUCAAUUAUGAUCACCAAGUAUGGAUUCUAUCAGAACAUUAAUAGUGAUAUUGCAUUUUUAAUUUUAACAUUUCCAGUACAAGGGCAAGGGGAAAAAGUGUAAUAAAAGGAUUAUAGGCAUUUGUAUUUAAGAAAAUAUAACAUUUUUUUCUUGUUGGUA